AUGUCGGCCUUCGCCUCACCGUUCCGCAAUACAUAUCGCUAUCUUCAACGUCAAGCCCAUGAAAGCCCCGUCAUCUUUUAUUCGGUAGUUAUUGGUGCUAUUGGCCCUGUUAUGGCCGUGGUUGUGCCACCUAUCCGUGAAAGCAUGGGAUAUAAGCGCGCGGAGAUGAUACCCUCUACAUAUCCUAUCCCUAACCGCCCAAGAAGACCGACUGUAGGAUACGAGGACCCAUGA